AUGAAGUUUAAAGUAUGCUACUCGAAAUUACAUCAGAUUAUAUUUUACUGUAAUUCCGAAGACUAUACUACUAACACAACAAUAUUUAAUUAUAAAAAUAAUUUAUGUACAUCCAAUGAAUACCAACAUGAAUAUUUAAGUUUUAAUAAAUUAGAGUUUUCUAAUACAAUUUUACUAUUCGUAAUGGUAAUAAACAAGAGCAUUCGAAGAAUAAGAUAG